GAAAGCAGGAAGCAUAGCCACAUCCACAGCAGCAACGGAGUGAAACUGCAGGCAGGUCGACCUGAACGUCCGAACGACGACUCAAAAUAGACUAAUUAGACACCAUGUUUUGGAGAGUUUUCGCCGUGACAUUAUUACUAGCCCUCUUGGGAUCUAUGACAAGCCAGCAGUUUAUGGCGGAUGAAGGCUGUAGUAAAUUAGGGUGCGAGGCAUGUGAAAAUGUGACUUUCUGCCAAUGGAUGAACUGCACAGGUGGUUUGCAGUGUGUGAACAGCAGUCUUGAGAACCAAACAGCCAACUGCGUCAGUGCGAACUGCACAGAGCCGCCAACUUCCACGACAGUGAACCCCAUUACUACUAGCAGCACGAAUGCUACCACCAAUGCUACCACAGUAAUUCCAAUCACGCCAGUUGUUCCGACUCAAAACGGGACGGACACAAACUCCACCACAACCGCGUCGCCCACUACUUCUCCAUCUAAGACGUCCACAUUCGACGCCGCCAGUUUCAUCGGGGGAAUAGUGUUAGUACUUGGUCUUCAAGCAGUCAUCUUUUUCCUUUACAAGUUCUGCAAAUCCAAGGACCGCAACUACCACACCCUGUAACACGCUGCCACCUGGAGGCACCACACGGCAACACACACACACACAAAAAAACAAAAACAAACACACUCCGACCCAAAAGAAAAGAGAUCGAGUCCCCUAUGUUUAGCCUCAUGUUUGACACUCGAUGCCUGUGUUUUGAGCUUUCUUUAGUUUCUGUUAGAGCUCUCACAAGCACUUGAGUUUAAAACAGAAACACAGAGUAAUGCCGUAAGUCUUAUCAAGCAGUGGCAUUAUGGGGUAUAUGAAGUGUUCAGUUGCUUUCACGCGCAACCACAGCUUUCCAAAUUAAGUCCUGUCCGGAAAUGUUUUAAUAUUUAAUUUUUGUUGUCAACGACUUAUCAUUGACAAUGAUUUACUUCUCAAUAUCAUGGUCUUUUACAGCAUUCUCAGUGUUAAUUUCAAAAUUACGGUCAGGCAUCUUCACCAGAACAGUUUUUUUACGCUGUUGCCAUUAUGUUCUUAUUAUUCCAUCCAUUUAUUCAAGCAUCAAGUGCAAAAAUAACAUCCUCUUUAAAUCUAUUCUUCAGUUUCACCACAAAUGUUUUGGUUUGUGUCUGUUAGCGUGUGACAUUUUGUUUAAUUUUUCUAUUGCUGCGUCACACCAAUCAAGAGAGCCAAAAUGAUUUACAUUCUCCAGCUUAGUCCAUUACUAUUACUUAUUUCCAACUAAUAAACAUCAGUGUUUCACCCCUUCCUCCUCACAUAUAUAUUGGGUAAUAUCAGAGAUGCAUUUGUAUACCCCUAGUUAGCAUCCAACGAGAUCAUUGGGGGUCAUUUUCAGGGACCUACUAUAGUAUCGGCCAUUUUAAGUUGUACUUUUGGGAUAUGAACAGCCAAUCCAGUUCUACAACAAGCCUUCAUUAGAAUUAGUAAAUUCUGCCGGAUAUGCGAAUGAGAACGAGGCACUACAGGUAGGGCGUAGGAUCGGGGAUCCCAUUCAGAAUGAUUGACCAUUGAGUCAAAGUGCCUUUAGGUGGAGGUAGUGGCUUGCUGCCUUAAAAGUGAGCCUUAAAAGUGUGAAUGGUGAGCCGCCAUCGAGGCCUGGCUCUGUGUUGGUGUGUCUGCCUGAAUGUCAGUGUGUUGAUUGACACGCAUGCGUGCUUGUAUCAAUGAAAUAGAUCUAGUGUCUGCCAGCUGGACUGAUCGCUAUAUUAUACGUAGUAGAUAAUUAAAGAUGAAAUAAUUUGUUUGCUGUUUAUGCAUUGUCAUGUUUCCCAAAAGCUUAAUUUCUGCUAGCAGAUUCCAGCACUCCUAUUCAAAAGCAGAUAACUAUUUGUACAUAAUCAGAACUCUUUGAAAUCAAUAAUAACACUAUUUGAGAGGAAGUAAAACGUCAGAUGAAUAAAAAGUUGAGGUGUACGUACUUCAGGGCACUGUACGCAGAUCCUAAAGUUGUUGCUUUUGUUAAAUAUCUUUUAAAAGGUGCCCUAGAAAAGUGCAUUCUGGAUAUCUUUUGCUUAUUUGGUCUUUUUUCGUAUUGCUACAGUCAGAUUUUGAAGUAGAAUAGAGCCGUCGCACUCUUAAUUUAAUGCUUGGGUUUGAUUUCUUGAAAUCUAAUCAUUGAGUUCAGGUAGAUUUGUCUAAAAUGCAGAACUGAAGCUAGACUACGCCUAAUUCCUGUGUUGUUCAGCAUAUUUAAUUCGGUACAAUUAAGUGCAUUCGCAUUAGCAUGUGUAUUUUCUUUUUACAUCCAUUCCUGUGUUAUAUGAAAUUUGAAAUGUAAUAAUCUUGAUUAGCUUGCUGCUAAUAACUUCCCCUGUGGGCCGUGAUGUCAUUGGCUUGGGAAGUGAUUCUCGUUAUUUGGGUUGCAAAUUUUGGAAGGGCAGAAGCGAGUUGAUUUGUUUGGUGCACGCUUUAGAUUCUGUCUGCUUCCUCGAAAUGUCCCAUUCCCAGCAUUGUGUUAAUUGCAUGUUUAUCAGAAGAUGACUGUUAUGGCCUUGUUUUAUUGAACCACUCUAAUCGCUUGUGCAUUGCCCUAUCAUGGUGCUUAAAUGCCAAAGGUGUCUAUUUUAGCACGAGUCACUAGAAAAGCUGCUAUAAUGCUUACUCAUAUUCAUAUAAAGCUUCAGCUAUGCCAAAUUUAAAACACUAUUCACUUAAGUUCAUUGUUUCCAAUGUAAUUGUUAACAAACAAUAAAUACACAGUAUUGUCUGUUAUAGAAUCAGGCUACAUCCAAAGAUCCCACAUAAUUGCAAAUAGACUUUAACUGAGUAUACAAAGGGCUGUAAAACCCAUGCUACAUAAUGGAUUUGAAUGGAUAGUUCACCCAAAAAUCAACUCUUCCAUGGUUUUCUCUCCUAUGAUCAUCUCUUUAGAAGAACACAAUGUAAACUGACUCAUUCGUUAUUGUAUGGAGAAUCCUGAUAUUGAGGAUAUAUUUUUGUUUACAGAAGAAAGUCACACAGGGUUAGAAUAAUACGCGGGUUGGAAAAUGAUUAUAGAAUUGUCAUUUUUGUGGUGAAUGAUUCGUCUAAACAUUAAAUGGCUCACAAUCCUCUCACACUCAGAGAAUUCAACCUAACUUUAGCCUGUGGCCUUGUUUUCUUAUAUCCUGUUGCGUUUGUUCAUGCGCACUACAGAAACAGCCAUAACAAUGCCAUAUUUUUUUUUGUCAUCUGAGCUAGUGUCGCAUUCCUUGCUGCACCUUUUUGAAGAAAAGUGCCUUAAUUUAAGAUGACAUAAUUAUGAAGAUUACAGUUUAUGAAGACUUACACUCAAAAGGACUUUGAGUUAUUGAAGUUCUUUGAUGAGAGGAACAUUGAGUAUUGUAUCUUGCUUGCGCCAACGUUAGUUAUUUAAUUAGUUAUCAAAUUACAAAAGGUGACCGUUAAGUUGAAACUUGUACAAAAUGACUCAUUACCUUUGGCCUGUUGUCCAGUAGUGCAAUUUUUAUUGCUUCACAUGAACCUGCGCACAAACACCAUAUAUGCUCAUUGAUGAGAAGAUGGCUACUGUUUGCGUCUGUGACCCGAAAGUCUGCCUUAAUUGUUUUAUGCCCUGCUUUGUUGGUUUUGUUUCUCUGGAACUCAGAUCUCUUUAUUUCUUUCUUUCGUUGUUGUUUUCCCUCAUUUCUGAUCUGCAUUCGCAAUUAGGUUGAAAAUGUGAUCAAAUAAAGUUUGAGUAUUGUAAAACA